ACACACCUCGCACCUCGCCCAGCUCGAGCCACCGACCAUGAGCAACAGCGAGCAGCCGAUCCAGGACAUCACGCCGGUCCAGCAGCAGGAGGAGGACGGCCCCGAGUUCCUCAACGAGGAGGACGUGCUCGAGGUCGAGGAGCUCGGCGGCGACGACGCCAUGGCCGUCGAGUCGGACGACGACGACGAGUACGACGCCAACGCCCAGCAUGAGUACCACGGCGAGGGCGAGGGCCACGACGACGCCAUGACCCUGCUCGACAACGGCCUCGACGACUCGGUCGCGACCGCCCGCCUGCACGCCAACGAGGGCGGCGCCGUCUUCUGCCUCGCCGUCCACCCGCACGCCGCCACCCUCGCCGUCUCGGGCGCCGAGGACGACCAGGCCUUCAUCUUCCGCACCGACACGGGCGCCCAGGUCGCGUCCCUCACCGGCCACUCGGACUCGGUCACGAGCGUCGGCUGGAACUUUGACGGCAGCCUCGUCGCGACCGGCGGCAUGGACGGCAGGGUCAACGUGUGGAAGGCGCGGCGGCCGAGCAGUGACAUGGCGUGGGAAGAGACUGGGUGGGAGCUCGCGUGCUCGCUCGAGGGCCCGGACGAGGUCAACUUCCUCGACUGGCACCCCAAGGGCAACGUCCUCAUGGCGGGAGGCGCCGACGGCACCGUCUGGCUGUGGAACCUUCCGUCUGGCGCGACGAUGCACGUCCUGUCCGGGCACACGUCGUCCGUCACCUGCGGCCGCUUCACCCCCGACGGCAAGAAGAUCCUGACGGCGUCCGAGGACUCGACCCUGAUCCUGUGGGACCCUCGCACGGGCGAGUCGGUGCACAAGCUCACCGGCGCCGACGCACGGUUCCGCCUCGAGGGCGGCAUCAACUGCCUCGCCGUCAACCCGGCGUCGACGGUCGCCAUCGUCGGCGGUGCCGAGGGUGGCCUGCGCGCCGUCAACCUCGUGCAGGGGACCGUCCUCGCGCAGAUGGAGGGACACGAGGAGGGCGCGUCGAUCGAGCAGGUCGCGUUCAACGAGAUCCCGACCGUCGGCGGCGCACAGUCGGGCGCGAGCGUCACCGUCAUGGUGAGCGUCGGCGUCGACGGGCGGGUGUGCACGUGGGAGGCGAGCGGGUUCAAGCUGAGGAGCACCGGGUCGCACGAGGACGCCGUCACCUCUCUCUCGUUCUCGCCCCACACGCCCACGUUCCUCACGGGCUCGGCCGACAAGACGCUCAAGCUGUGGGACUACCGCACCGGCUCGUGCCUGCGCACCCUGCUCGGCCCGCGCGACAUCGUGCACGCCGUCAGCGUCAGCCGCGACGGGCGCAUCGCCGUCAGCGGGUCCGAGGACGGCACCGUCCUGACGUUCCGCCUCGACGGCAACGACGAGAAGCGGUAGAGCCUCGCGAGCGUGGCCCAGGAGACGUCGCCCGGUGCUGCACAGCUGUUGUCAUAUCUCUUUCGCGCCGU